AAAAAACUAUGGAUUUUUGUUGUUUGCGCAGUGACGUUUGCAAUUUGCGUAUUUUAAAGAUUGUAUUUUUUAUCUUAUUGAAUGUGUAAAAUAAUAAAAAAAUUAAAUUGUUAAAAGAAAGUGUUUUUUUUUGUGAAGAUUUGACUUAUUUUUAUUUGCAUCUUCCAUAAUGACGACGAUUGUGGACUUUGAAUUUGCUAAAUGCGGUUUGUUAUUGCGGUUAUUAUUUACUUUGUUAUUGACCAUGGAAUUUACGCAAGGGACAACGGCGCACAAUAUCUUUGGCGAAGUGAAUCCAGCUGAAGUUGAAAAGAUUGCGAUCGGAGCCAAUAACAACAUAACGUGCCGAAUGAUUAGAAGAUACUUUAAUGAGAAUAACAGCUCCUGUCUGCCAUACUACCAAGAACAAAGUAGUAGCAACACAACAACGAUCCCAAAAGACCAGAUAAAUGGCGUAAUUAAACCUUCGAUUAAAACAGCUAAAUACAGUUGUAAAUGCGAUACUACUGAUACUAGUAUUCAUGUUGGAAUCACACCCGUUGCUGUUAUCGAUUUUGAAUGUCGUGGUUAUGAUUUCAAUACAAUGGCAUGUAAAUUUACCAUUCCUGAGAAUAAUAAAGGCACCGAUUACAAAUUAAUUUUCUCAACUGCUCCUACUCCUGAAAAGGAAUGUGUUCUUCUGGAAACUAAUAAACCUUCUGAAAGAAUCUGCAAUUUGCAAAACGAUUUUAGACCAGUUAUAUGUUGCUAUAAAUUUAAAUUAAUCGCAAGCAAUUCACUUGGAACUCUUACUCAAAUUCUGUGGAUUGAUCUACAUAGUAAAAUUGUCCCAGCUAAACCGAACGUAGAAGUUGAGAAUUUGACAACAAACAGCGUUUCAUUGAAUUUGGGAGUUGAAAAAUUUAGCCACUACAAGUUUACAGAUGGUUUGAAAUACGAGAUUCGUGUACAUCCUGAAAUGUUUGACUCGUUUUACAUUAGUGGCCCAUUACAAAAGAAAGCAUAUAAGGCUGAAAUAAAUGAUUUGCCAUAUUCCUACCAUAGAUAUGGUUAUAGUGUCCGGGUUAGGACUGUAAGAGCUGAUGUCAAAGACGAGACUAUGUGGAGCGAAGCAUCUGAAGGAUAUUUUUACACAAAGCCAAAACGACCAGAUCGUGCACCAAAGAUGAUUGUUGGUAGUUUCGAUAUUGACUCUACAGGAGAAAAGAUUCGUUUAUAUUGGGAGGAAUUGGCAAAACAUGAGGAAAAUGGUCCAGAUUUUAGUUACAAUUUUACAGAAGUUCGUUGCGAUGGAAAAUUAAUCAAAACAUUGAUUAUCGCUAUGGACACGAAUUUGGCCCUGCUGACAUACAAAAAUACAUCACAUUACACUUUUAAAUUGAAAAGCCAAAAUCGAAAUGGAACAUCAUUAAAUUCAAGUGAUAUUGAAAUUAAUCCUCGUACAACAAAUAUACCCAAACCAGAAAUAACAAAAAUAUAUCACCAACAAAACCAAACCUAUACCAUUGUCUGGCAACGACCAACAAAUGUAUAUAAUUUGAGUAAUUUUACGCUGCUGUCAUGUGUCGCAAAAACAGAAUCGAAAACGGAUUGUUUGGGAAAAAUAAAUUUUGAAACUAUUGAUAAGAAUGCAAUUAUGUACACAACAACAAUGUCAGACAAUCGAACUCUCAACUUCGCUUUGUCAGAAAACUUUGAAAAUUACAGCACUGGAUUAAGUUGGGCAACAUGUGCUCCGGAAUAUGAACCCAGACUUGGAUAUCUCUCUCUCGAUGAAGCAAUCAUUUCACAGGAUUCUAUUCAUCUCCAAUGGACUACCGAGUGUUGGUACAGUUCUAUUUUAAAAGAAUACAACUUAACAUACUGCAUGAUUGAAAGUAAAGUUGGAAAAGAAUGCAUUGGUGAAAUUAAAACUUUACGGAUACCGAGUAUUAACAAUAAUUAUGUUAUAAAAGGUCUCCAACCUUCUACGAGUUACAAAAUAUGGAUUCGUAUGGUCUCCAUAAACGGUGAAGGGCCAGCGACUGAACGUGUUAAAAGUACCACCGAAAACGAUAAUAACGAAAUUAUUAUCGGAAUUUUAUCUUUGUCAGUUUUGUUUGUAAUCCUUUUAUGUUGGAUAUUAAAAGAAUUUAUAAGAAUGAAAAAUAUUGAAUACAAGAUACCUGAGGGUCUUGUUGAUUUUGAAAAUAAACCGCUCAAAACAAAAACUAAUAAAGAUGUUAGGAAAACAUUUGGACACACUGACUUCUGUCGAAAAGGGGAUGAGAUGUUGUUACCCAAUAUGUAUUAUUACAUUCCAAGAAUUCUUCAAAGAAAAAAUAAUUCUGGCGACUGCGAAAUUGAAAAUUAUGUCAUAAAACCUUUAAAAAGCUCUUCCUUAUUAUCUGUUAAUCAAGAAGUCGUGAGCCAUACAAUAACACUGGAAAAGAGUGAAAGCCCACCGAUAUCUACCGAAAUCCAUUAUUCAGACAAUACCUGCUUCAAACCUACAAUUAUCAAAAAUAGCUGUGUAGAACCGCAAGCUAAAAAUCAGGAUAAUGUUGUACUAUCAUCAUUGAAUGGAUAUAUCACACCAAGCGCCAUUGCAUUAUUGAGUGAAUUGAAUCCAGAAUACAUAACAAAGAAACAGCUCUUGGAUAUUAGUCAAAGUUUGAAAUUUAUUUGGCUUCUCGUUAUAACCAUAUGCUUGGCAACGUCACGAGUCUCAGCAAACGAUUAUAUUGGGGAAGUUAUACCGCACCAUGUUGAGCUUCCCAUUGGAGGUAGUGUAAACAUAACUUGCCGAAUGAAUAGAAGCUAUUUUGAGGACAAUAACAGUUCUUGCCUGUCAUUUACCCGAGAUCAUGGCAAUCUAAUGGUAGCCAAAGAGCACAUUCAUGUGGUAGAUAAUUCUUCGAUUGUUUUUAUGAUUCGUAACGCUACAGAGCAAACAGCUCGAUAUACUUGUAAAUGCCAUUCUAAGGGAGUGUACGUUACUAAUAUUUUUGUCGGUACACCACCUACAAAUGUAACCGAUUUUCAAUGUCGUGGAUAUGAUUUUUCAUACAUGACUUGUAAUUUUACCGUUCCGGAAAAUAAAAUUUACACUGAUUAUAAGCUGAAAUUUUCUACAAGUUCACCGUACCGGGUAUGUAAGCGGUUAAAUGACAGAAAGUUAUGCCAAAAUAAAUAUUUGCAGGACUAUAUUUAUCCAUGCAACCUUGAGAAUGGACUUCAAACAUCUGAGAGAAUUUGCAAUAUAACCAUGGACAAAAAUAAUUAUAGAAUUGUUUAUCAGUAUUACAACUUUGAAUUAACUGCAACCAAUUCACUUGGUACUCUUACUCAGUCUAUUAUGAUUGAUCAAUAUAACAGAAUUGUACCAGCGAGACCCAUUAUUGAAGUUGGAAACUUAACAACAAACAGCGUUACUUUCUAUUGGAUGGUAGCCAAAUUUAGUCAAUAUAGCCAUACAGAUGGUUUGCAAUACGAAAUUCGUUUACGUCCUGAAAAAUUUGAUUGGUUCUACAUUAAUACCAAUGCAGUUUUACACAAAAACGAAAAAGAUUACAAAGCUGAGAUAAACAAUUUGCAAUAUUCUUAUCGUCGAUAUGAUUUUAGUGUUCGAGUUAAGACAGUUAGGGCUAAUAAUAGUGACGAGACAAUGUGGAGUGAACCAUUCGUAGGACAUUUCUACACAAAACCUAGAAGACCAGAACGUGCACCUAAUAUGGAUGUUGGAAGUUUUUAUAUUGAUCCAACUGAGCAAAAUAUUCGUCUAUAUUGGCAACAAUUAGCAGAGUAUGAAGAAAAUGGACCAGAUUUUCUAUAUAACAUCACUGAAGUACGCCGCGAUGGGAAAUUAAUAAAUAUCAUGCCCUUCCAAAUGGACUCGACAUCAGCCACAUAUGAAUGGCAACGAACAUCGCAUUAUCAAUUUAAAUUACAAAGUCAGAAUAAUGUUGGAAGUUCAUUAAAUACAAGUAUUUUGGAAGUUCAUCCCAGUCGUAAGCGACCCCUACAAAUUGAACAAAUACAAGUGAUAACAAAAGUUUAUCACAACCAAACUUAUACAAUCACAUGGAGACAACCAUCUGAUAUGGAAAACUUGCGUAACUUUACUUUAUUCUGGUGCAUUUCAAAAAUGGAAUCACAAAGCCAAUGCAAGGGUACAAUUAAUUUUAAACACUUUGACAAGUAUACCACUAAUCACACAACAGAACCACAAAAUCAUACGCUCAACUUUGCAGUCUCGGCAAAUUAUGAAACCUACAGUACUGGUAUGAUGUGGGCUAUGUGCACCGCUGAUGGUGCAACAGACUUAACUAAAAUGGACCCUGAGACAACUCCAAUUUCAUCGAAUAGUAUUAAAGUUCAAUGGAGUACUGAAUGUUUAUAUAUGGCAAUUUUGGAGGGAUACAACUUGACAUAUUGCAAGGUGGAUAAUCAUGCCCCUGAAAUGAUUGGAAAUUGUAUAGAUAGCGAAAAAACAAUAAGCAUAUCUAAGCUUGCCAAAGAACAUAUUAUAACUGAAUUAGAACCUUUUACGACUUACAAGAUAUCGAUUUUAAUGUACUCUAAACUGAAAAUUGGACCCAUGAGUAAUCCUGUAACAGCAACUACCACCGAGGAUGCACCAAGUCCACCAAGAAAACUUAAAAAAUAUAAUGUAACUAGCGACUCGGUUACUCUGUCUUGGCUUCCACCUAAACAUAGUAAUGGAAAUCUUCGAUAUUAUACUGUUUGGUACAAAAACGAAGGCACUAUAGUCAAUAGCACAUCUAACGAUAAUGGAAGCGAAAUAACUUUCCAACUUGGAAGCCUGAGCAGCUAUUCUGAUUAUAAAGUUUACGUCACUGCACAUACAGUUAAAAGCUCAGUACCGAGUAAUGAUAUUCACUUCAAGACGUUGAUUGGAAUUCCCUCGCCUCCACUUUCAUUUAAUAUGAACCGAAAUGACAAAGAACUUUUCUUUAGUUGGUCACCACCGAAACUACCAUCAGGUCGUGUUGAAUUUUAUGAAAUUCGUGUAACCGUUCGCAAGAACAAUGAAAGUGAGACCUUGAAAACAUCUCGUGUUGUAGGUCGUUUUUGUAAAAUGAACAUACCCUGCUAUGAUCCAAAGAACUCUUACAUUUUCGAUGUUCGAGCUGUGAAUGUAGCUGAGAGAAGUGAAGUUGACUACCACACAUUUUCAAAACGCGACACUAGUACAUCAUAUUUCAAUUCAUUACAUCGAGGUGCAGCUAAAAAACGCCGUCAUUCAAAUGCAGAAAUUAAUGCUUCAAUUGGCGCUCCAUAUCAAAUCCAUGAAACUACCGAAAAGAACCUUCGUCAUCGCCAUGAACGUGAAAACUUGAAACUUAUGCAAAUAACAGAACCUUCAUAUGUUUCGCAGCUAUCAAGCCAAAUUCCCGAAGAAGCUCAAGAUGAUAGUAAUGAAGAUUUUAUAUGCAUUGGCGGAGAAAGGGAAGCUCUUAAAAUUCUUAGCCAAUACAAGGAUGCCACUCAAUAUAAACUAUUUUAUUCACUCUGGCAAAAUGGUCCAUUCUUUGCAUGUAGUGAAACGAAAUUCAGUAAAUUGACAAUGCUUGCAUUGGUUGUUAUUGUCGUCACAAUGCUAUUGUUGGCAACAGUCUAUUAUGCUCGCAAAAAAUACAACAAAAUGAGCAGUAUUGGCCUUGUGAUCCCUGAAGGUCUUGAUGACAAUAUUAAUGUGGCAAAGGGUGUCGACAAUAAAAUUGGACGUGAUGAUAUAAUACGCAGUGAUGAACUAUUUUACGAAAAAGAAAAUCAUCGUUUGCUCUCAAAAGUUGGAAAUGAUUCUGGAUUUUUAAAUAGUGUACAUUGUCUAGAUAAGACUAGUGGUUAUGCUUGCUCCGAUCUUCAAGACAGUGAAAAAAGUUCACAAAGUACUGAUUCGGUUGAACUUAAUGAUAUAACAAGUUGCUCGUAUACCUCCUCACCUUCACAUAGUCCAAAUGCUAAUUUGAGAGAAACAGCAACGAUACCUGAGGAUAGAUCGAAUCCACCCAUAAUACAACCCUCCGUCCAAAUACGACCCUCCGAAAAUGGUUAUAUUAAACCAAUAAUGAUGAGUAAUGGAUAUGUACAACCACAAGCUUUUCAACAGUUACAACAACAACCAAAGGAAACGCCCUCAUUCAACGGUUACACAACUCUUGAUGCUAUGGGCAAACCAAUAUUUCCUCAAACAUCGACGGCAGCUCCAGCACCAAUAGCAGCUGAAAGAAGUAGCUAUGAAAUUGUCGAACCAAAAAAUAAUGCCAACAAUAAAGACAUUGGCGCGAUACAACAUCCAGUAAGUGGAAAUAUAUGCGGAUAUGUAACACAUAAACAACUCUCUGAUUUUGGACAGCGUCUGCAGUAAGUAAUUUUAAUUCAAAUAUAAAAUUAGGUUUUUUUUUUCUUGCAUAAGACUUAUAGUAUUAAGAAAAAGUUAUAUUUUUUAUUAUUUUUACUAAAAAAAAAAACAUUUAUUUUGUACUUUAAUUUCGUAUAAACCAUAUUAGCUUUAUUGAAUUAAAAAUGCCACUUUUUUUUAUUUUAUGUAAGAAAUAUUCUUUUAUUAUAUACAACUACAUAAAUAUGACUACAAAAAAAUAUAAAUGAAAUUUAUUUAUAAUGAACACAUCAUUAAAGAAAGAAUAUAAAUAUAAUACAUAUGUAUAAUACAAUAAUUUGUUUAAGUUUCAUUCAUCUUAAAUUUUGUCUUAAUUGUAAUUUUUAUUAAAUUUUAAAUAAGUAUUUUAAUUAAGUUGUAAUUUAUAUUUUAUAUAAUAUACCUUGAAAUAUACAAAACAUAAUUUACUAUAGAAGAAAGUUAAUAACUUUAAAUAUUGGUUUCAUGUUAAAUUUGAGUGAAAACUGAAAAUGCUGGUAUUACAAAUAAUUAACUGCAUGAAUAAUUUAACGAAUAAAAAAUGAUACUACUUAAAUAAAUAGAAAAUUCACAUGAAAAUAAAAAAAAAAAUAAAAAAAUUUUGUGAUUUUCGAUUCAGUUAUUUUGCUGUUACAGUGUACAUUUUCUAGAACCACCAAACAAAAUUGUUACAAAAUUUGUAUCUAAAUGUGCAUUAAAAAAAGGCGAAUUCAAUACCAUUACGAGUAUUAUGACCAUGUUGAGAUACAGUUUGAAUAAUAUUUUAAAUGUUGAAACUA